AUGGACUUUGGCGGGCGUAUUUUGCGUAAAACCAUGCAGUCCAAUGCGGCAUUGGCAACGGGCAUUCGGCCAAUACUGGGUUAUGAUUGGCUGUUGGGUCCAGUCUUUCCACCAAUCAGAUCUCGGCCUGAUGCCAGACCGGCAAGCGUCCCCCAAUCAUGCGUGGGAUGGGCUUCUCUGCUGUAUCGGCACCUGAAUGCAAGCGAUUAA